UGGGCGCCGGCACUGCCCCACAAACCGCUCCUGGCGGCAGAACACACCUCGAGCCCUCCGGGAGCGGGGACACGCGGGGACACGGGGCAGGGCGAGGCUGCAGCGCGGCGAGAGGCAUCGCCACCGCCCAGCACACCUCCUGCCCGGCCGCCCGUGCUCUGCAGCGAGCUGGGGCGAGUCCGUGCCCCGGGCCGGAGCAGCGCUGCCCCCCGCGCUGCCGGGCCGUGCGGGAGCAGCCUCUCUCCGCUCGGUUCAGUUCGGUUCGGCGCAGCCCAGCUCCGCCCGUCGGAGCCGCGCUGCUGACUCAGCCGCGGGGGGGCCCGGAGGGCGCCCCGGCCCCGCGGGCGUGGCGGGCGGGGGGGCUGCCCUCCGCCCUCCGGGGAGAUAAAGAGCGGCGGCCGCAGCCCGCCCGCGCCUCUCGCCGCCCGGCAGCAUGACGGCCAUCGGGGCGCAGGUGCAGCAGCUGCUGGCACACCGGAGACCACAGAAAUCCUUCUUUGAGACGCUCAUCAGGAGCCUGAUCAUCCUGUGCGUGGCCAUAGCCGUGGUCUUGUCGUCCAUCUCCAUCUGCGAUGGCCGCUGGCUCUUUGCGAGGGGGCAGCUCUUUGGACUGUGGCACUUCUGCACCGUUAGCAACGACAGUGUCCUGAAGUGUGUCACAGACCUCAGCCUGGCCCGGGUGGAGGGGCUGAGCGUGGGGGUGAUUCCCAUCAGGAGCAUGGUGUCCUUUGCUGUUGUGGUUGCCAUAUUCGGGUUGGAGCUGCUGAUGGUGUCCCAGGUCUGCGAUGACGCCAACGCAAGGCGGAAAUGGGCAAUGGGCUCCGUUCUCAUCCUCGUCUCCUUUUUGCUGUCAGCCACUGGUGUUCUGAGCUUCUCCAUCCUGGUGAAGGAUCACCUCACCUUCACAGGCUUCACACUGACGUACUGGUGUGAGUUCAUUGCUGCCUUUCUCUUCUUCCUUAACGGGAUCAGCGGACUUCACAUCAACAGCCUCACACACCUCAGGAAUGGGGUAGGCAAAAUCUAGGCACAAAGGAUGAACCUCUGCCUUUGUGUAAUCAGCUUUGCCAAUUAGACUGGAAGAAAGAGAGUCUAAUGAAGUUUGAAAAGGAUGCCCUGUCUUAAUUUGUGUGCAAGGAGGGGAAGCGUGAGUCAGUCUUCAUGCCUGUAGAAGAAGUACCCACCCACUGGUCAUCAUGGAGAGCUGAGCAACACCAGCCAAGCAGAGACUGGGACUGGCUGCUACUGCAAUAUGGUUUUCUGGAGAAGUGGAUUAAAGCAGAGGGUGUCCUGCUAAACCUGCAGAGAUCUGGAAGACUGCAAUCUAUCCCACAUGUUGACCUGAGGCUUGCACAACACUAGUACUGCUGUGGGUUUGGUGUUGCUGUGCUUUUCCUUAUAUUCUGGAGCCUGUGAUACAGCUUUGGUGUGUCUCAUGGGUUUGUUCUGGCUCAGGGACAGAUGAUUUCUGCCUGGCCGUGCUCACUGGUGUGGAGUAUUGAAACUCAUUACUGGAUCUUACUUCUUAAUUUUUCUUUCAAAAGAUAAGGCACACAGAACUUGAUCUGGUCACAGGUUUUGUUUCCUUCAGGCAUGUUCCCUUUAUCUGUUCUGUUCUUGGUCAGUUUUUUGGGGACAUUUCAGACAGAGUUGCUGACCUGGGGCCAGGGGUAGGUGUUGGGUGAUGUAGGUGUAGAGGGAAGAGAUGUGCUGUUUUCCUCAGGCAGCAGUGCAUAUCCCUGUGUUUGUGGCCUCUUCCCCAGUGUUACCACUCUCCUGCCACCCCUGAAGGACAUGUGCCAACUGGUCAACCAAACUGGCUGUCUCACGUGCCUUGCACAGUUUACGGUAACAGGGCAUUGCUCUUGGAUUUUUUGGUUUUUUGGGGCAAGAGGGACAAGCUCUGCAGAGGUUUCAUGGGCUGUGGUGGCUGGGCAGGCCAUGCAGAGACCACCACAGCUUCUGGGAUGUGUUUUGGUUAUCAGGGUUUCCACCGGGGCAGUGCUUAUCCUGUCGCUGAAUCUCCUGUAGCAUUUCUUAUGGGAGGAGAAAGGCCCAGAUCCUCCUGACCAGAUCAGGUCCUUUUCUUCCUCUGACUUAACAGUGAGCCUGGGAGGAGAAGCAGCCCGUGAUUGCCUAAGGAGGGGCUGAUGGGUGCAGCUCUAAUCUGUCACCGCUGGUAGAAAUGUUGAGAGACCUGGCCAGAAUUAUUAUACUAAGGCUGGCCUUCCUCCUGCCAAUGUCUGAGUCAAGAUCUCUAAAACUGCUACAGCUUUGAAGUUCUACAUGGUGUCUUAUGUAAAAGGAGAGAAGACCUCAUUUGUAGAGUAGAUUGCCCUACACGUGUUCUCCCUGUCCAACACACAGCACUCAGUUGCUCACAGUUAAAAAUGUCUUCAGAGUAUUUCAGGGUUUCUGGUUUACUGUUUGCUUUGUAUCCACUGGUAAAUCUGCUUAUAUCCUUGUUGUCCAAUGAAUGUUUCUACAUGUUUCAUCCCUGUACCUUGUCUGUGGAGCAAGGUUUUAGUUUCCUGUGCAACAAGUUUGACACAGUUUUUCACCUGAAACAAAUGCAUCAUAGCACAGAGGUCAAAAAGCCUGUGUGUGCGAGCCAUGAGUAAACAGCUUUGUCUUUGAAAGCUAAGAAUCUCAAGCUGUGCCUGAGCUGGAAUGUACCACACUUUGAUAAAUGUGCUCCCGUGGACUCGCUUGCUUUCAGGACAGUCUCCGUUCCUUCUUGGACUUCUGUAACUUCUUCAGACAACACUCCUAAGCCCGUUUUGCAAUGCAGGUUCAGACUUGGCUUGCUCUGGACAGUGCCAGUUGUACUUUUGCACAGGAAUCUGCUCACCUCCCUGUCAGCAUGAUGCAGAGCUGUGCCACCCAGACAGCUCCUGAAGCUCUUGUGAUGUCUGGGGCUUUGAUGGGGCACCUUGGCCCGUUCUCAAGGACAAGGACUUGUGCCUGUGCCUCUGGAGAACUGCCCUGUGACUGUGUCUGUGUGUGAAGGUGCCUUUCAUUUGCUGAAUGGCACUGUUGAAGACACUGCUGGGCUGAACUUGCACCUGCUUGUGUGAGCUGGUGCUGUUGGCUUUAGCAGAGCCAUUUAGGCCAAAGAGACCCUGCAAGUUCUGGUCCCAAACAGUUGCACUUUGGUGUUACCAGGUGUACCAGGAGCACCUUAACUAACCAGUGAUUCAGCUGUGGUGCCUCGGCGUGCCCAUGUCAGGCAGGACAGUUCCCCGACAUGUAAGGGUGUUUAUGGCUUGUCUAGAAACAUGAAUGUAACUUCAGAGUGACACUUUGGUGGCAUCCAAACUUGGAAAUCACUUCUGUGUGUACUCUCCCUCAUGCUAGCAGGAGCCUGUGCCUCCAUCUCUUUCCUUGGAAGGCAGCCACAGCCAGACUGGGUUCCAGGCUGGUGCCUCCUGCUCGGGUUAGAGGGAGACUGGACAAUUGGCCAUUGAGUUCACCCUAGACGUGGUGCAAUUGUGAAUGAUUUUUAGGAUGCCCUCUGCCAGCUGAAGAAGAGGCCUUUUGUUGGGGGUAGGGAGUCCUCUGGGGAAAACGGAGUAACUUUUUUCCCAACUGUUUUUCUAUAGUACUGCUCAAUUAUGCUGGGAAAAGAUGCAUUUUGACAGCUAAAUAUUACAAAAUAGAGUUGAUUGUCUUGGAGAUUCUUAUAUAGAGCAACCUGUGCAGCAGUGGGUCACUGUUCAUUUUCUGAAGCGUUUGGAAGUGUCAAGCAAUAUUCCUGAAGUUUGUUAAAUAAAUUGAUUUUAAAUAAGA